UGGCCGGCCGGCAGGCAGUUAGUCCCCGGCCCGCGGAUUCCUCCGCCUGCGGUAUUGGUGCUGAGGCCGCGCCGCCGCCAUUUUGGAUGCCUGGCUCCUGCCGCCCUCGCCGCCGCCGCCGCCUUCGCCGCAGGGACCCGGCCCGAACAUGCCAGCCCCCAUCAGACUCCGGGAGCUGAUCCGGACCAUCCGGACAGCACGGACACAGGCGGAAGAACGGGAGAUGAUCCAGAAAGAAUGUGCUGCCAUCCGGUCAUCUUUCCGAGAAGAGGACAACACGUACCGAUGCCGGAAUGUAGCCAAGUUACUCUACAUGCAUAUGCUGGGUUACCCUGCACACUUUGGACAGUUGGAGUGCCUCAAACUGAUCGCCUCUCAGAAGUUUACGGACAAGCGGAUUGGGUACCUUGGAGCCAUGCUGCUGCUGGAUGAGAGGCAGGACGUCCACCUUCUCAUGACCAACUGCAUCAAGAACGACCUUAAUCACAGUACGCAGUAUGUGCAGGGCCUUGCACUCUGUACCCUGGGGUGCAUGGGCUCCUCUGAGAUGUGCCGUGACCUAGCUGGGGAGGUGGAGAAGCUCCUGAAAACUUCUAACUCUUACUUGAGGAAAAAGGCAGCCCUGUGUGCUGUUCAUGUCAUCAGGAAGGUGCCUGAGCUCAUGGAGAUGUUCCUACCAGCCACAAAAAAUUUGCUGAAUGAGAAGAAUCACGGCGUUCUCCACACCUCUGUUGUCCUCUUAACUGAAAUGUGCGAGAGAAGCCCAGACAUGCUUGCCCACUUUCGAAAGCUUGUCCCUCAGCUAGUUCGUAUCCUAAAGAACCUCAUCAUGUCUGGCUAUUCCCCUGAGCACGACGUCUCUGGGAUCAGUGAUCCUUUCCUACAGGUGCGAAUCCUCCGGCUGCUGAGAAUUCUAGGGCGAAAUGAUGACGACUCCAGUGAAGCCAUGAAUGACAUCCUUGCCCAGGUGGCCACAAACACUGAAACAAGUAAAAAUGUGGGAAAUGCCAUUCUUUACGAAACCGUCUUAACGAUAAUGGACAUCAAGUCUGAGAGCGGCCUGCGAGUGCUGGCCAUUAACAUCCUCGGCCGAUUUUUACUCAAUAACGACAAAAAUAUUAGAUACGUAGCUUUGACUUCCUUGUUGAAGACGGUGCAGACUGACCACAAUGCUGUGCAGCGGCACAGAAGCACCAUAGUGGACUGCCUGAAGGAUCUGGAUGUCUCCAUUAAACGGCGAGCAAUGGAGCUCAGCUUUGCUCUCGUGAACGGGAACAACAUCCGCGGAAUGAUGAAGGAGCUGCUGCACUUCCUGGAUUCCUGUGAGCCGGAGUUCAGGGCAGACUGUGCAUCGGGGGUAUUCCUUGCGGCAGAGAAAUACGCCCCUUCCAAGCGUUGGCACAUAGACACUAUCAUGAGAGUCUUGACAACGGCAGGGAGUUAUGUUCGUGAUGAUGCUGUACCGAACCUUAUCCAGCUGAUCACCAAUAGUGUGGAGAUGCACGCUUACACUGUGCAGAAACUCUACAAAGCCAUUCUGGGUGACUACUCACAACAACCUCUGGUGCAGGUGGCUUCCUGGUGCAUAGGAGAGUAUGGAGACCUCUUGGUGUCUGGCCAGUGUGAGGAGGAGGAGCCAGUCCAGGUCACAGAGGAUGAAGUCCUGGAUGUUUUGGAAAGUGUCCUCAUCUCCAACAUGUCAGCACCUGUCACACGAGGCUAUGCUCUCACUGCUAUUAUGAAGCUGUCCACGCGGUUUGCUUGCACAGUCAACCGCAUUAAGAAGGUGGUGUCCAUAUACGGCAGCAGCAUUGAUGUGGAGCUCCAGCAGAGGGCAGUGGAGUACAAUGCCUUGUUCAAGAAGUACGAUCAUAUGAGGUCAGCACUCCUUGAAAGAAUGCCCGUUAUGGAGAAACUCACCACCAAUGGCCCCACAGAUGUCACUCAGCCCAAUGGAGAGGCAGAGCCAACAAGCUUGGAGACCAAGCCUCCCCCCUCAGGCCUGCAGCCCGCCAGCCAGGCAAACGACUUGCUGGACCUUUUGGGAAGCAAUGACAUCACCCCCGUGAUCUCAACGGCCCCUCCCCACAAGCCAGCUUCUGCUGGUGGGGAGCUGCUUGACCUCCUGGGAGAUCUCGACCCUACAGGCACACCAGCCCCUGCCCCACAGAUACCGCACCCCCCUUUCCUGCUGGAUGGACUUUCCUCGCAGCCCAUCUUCAAUGACGUAGCUGCUGGCAUCCCAGCAAUCACAGCCUACAGCAAGAAUGGACUGAAGAUAGACUUUGCCUUUGAGCGCUCAAACACCAACCCCAGUGUCACCGUGAUCACAAUACAGGCUGCUAACAGCACAGAGUUGGACAUGACAGACUUUGUUUUCCAGGCUGCGGUACCAAAGACAUUCCAGCUCCAGCUCCUGUCUCCCAGCAGCAGCGUCAUCCCAGCAUUUAAUACAGGGACCCUCACACAGGUCAUCAAAGUCUUGAACCCACAGAAGCAGCAGCUCCGCAUGCGGAUCAAGCUGACGUAUAACCACAAGGGAGCUGCGAUGCAGGACCUGGCAGAAGUCAACAACUUCCCUCCUCAGUCCUGGCAAUGAGCUCUGGCCUGGCCCUCCUCGCACCCUGAAGGAACUCUGGGCAGGGCACUGUGACUCCAGACAUUCCCCCCGCCCCCCUAAGUGCACCGUGCCCUGGGGAGCUGAUGAGAGCCGCUGCUACAGAGCAGGAGGACUUGGUUUGGCUCUCCUGGAAGCACCUCUCUCAAGACACUCGCUCUCUCUCCCCUCUCCUCAUCGGGCUGUUGAGCUGCCCCUCCUCUGAAGCCAUGCUCCCUUUGCUCGGAGAGGGGCGAGGGGGCAGGUCGCGGCACGUGUGCUCUCCUCUCCCGUCUUGGCCACAGGGGAGCAGCGGUCUUCUCUUCAGUGGGGGGCGGGCGGACAGGUGUGUGUGUGUGUGUGUGUGUGUGAGGGGGGGGGGUCAGUCCUUGGUUUGGUUCCUUGCUAGCUGGGUUACUGUCUUCAGGCACUUUCAUGUUGGAAACAUAUUCCAAGGAUGCUGAUGAUCCUUUUUCUUUGGGGUUCCCUGAUGUUGGGCGCCUUUUCUACGCUUGACUGCACACCCCAUGGGGAGGGGGAGCGGCUUAAGCCUGAGCGAGGGGGAGUGUGGGUUGGUGGGGUCUGCUGUUCUGGACAAGUCGUCCUGGGAGGUGAGCUUGACCCCAAGCCCUGGUUGUGGUCCUGCAGCCAAAGCAGCCGGAUGGACAAGAUGGACUGCACCAGCCAGUCGCUCUUCAGUGUGCCCCACUAAACAUCCUGGAAUUCCUGUGGCCUGGUCCAGAUUGUCAGCUGUGGUAGGUGGGUGGGAAGGAAAUGCUCGUUGCUAGGUGAGGUGCUUAGAGAUGGCAAGGGGCACCCUUUGCCUGCAGGAAGACUCCUCUCCAGAUGUACUGCAAAGCCGCUUUCCCCCUGGGCCCUUUUCAUUUCCUGUCCAAGUCCUGGAUUCCAUUUGAAUUCGUUCUCCUGGGACGUUUGUGUUGUAUCUGUAAUAUUGGCACUGAAAUAAAGACCAUGCGGUUGAACGAG